AUGAGAGGCUUGGAGAGGAAAGGUUCGGAAAGGAGAGCCGUUGGGGGAGGUCGGGAGGGGGUUACGCGCGCGGGGGACGGGGAGGAAGCGGCGGAGGAGGAGAGGCGGAGGGAGAUUGAGAGGGAGAGAAAGAGGGAGAUAGAGAGGGCGAUAGAGAGGGAGAUGGAGGUUGCGCGAGAGUGGGAGGAGAAGGAGAGGGCGGAGAGGGAAGAGAGGGAGGAGAGGGAGAGGUUGCUGAAGGAAGAAAGGGAGAAAGAGAGGAAGGAGAAGGAGAGAAGAGUUCAGGAAGAGAAGGCAAGGCGUGAACGAGAAGAGAAAGAGAGGGUUGAGAGGGAGAGAGCAGAGAGGGAACGGAAGGAGAGGGAGAAGGCUGAACGGGAAAAGAUGGAGAAGGAACGGAAGGAGAGGGAGAGGAGGGAAAGGGAGAGGUUUGAGAGGGAGAGGGUGGAGAGGGAGGAAAGGGAACAGCGGGAGAGAAUGGAGCGAGAGUUGGAGGAGCGGAGGGAGAAGGAGAGGCAAGAGGAGCUGGCGAAAGUGAGACAGAGGGAGCGAGAGCGGUUGAGAGAGAUUGAGCUGCAGAUGGAGCGACAGAGGCAUGUGCGAAUCGCAGAAGAACGGCAGAGGGAGAAGGAGAGGGCUGAGGAGCGAGAGAACGAGCGGCGGAGAAUGGAAGAGGGGGAGAAGGAGCGGGAGAGGGAGAGGGAGAAGGAGAGGGAGAGGGUGAGAGUGGAGCAGAGGCAGAGAGAGGAGGAGCGGCGGGUGAGGCAGCAGAAAGAAGUCCAGAGGCGAAAGGAGAGGCGCGGAGAUGAGCUAUCAGGGAAGGCCAUGGGGGAUCCUCUUCGUGUGAUCGCCUGGGUUGCGGGAGCAGGAGUGUCGUCUGCUGCUUUCGGCGAGCCAUCCAGCUCGUUUGGAGCACCUUAUCAGGCGUCUCCGGAUCAUUCUCAGGUGCUGCAGCAGUGGGUGCAGAGAGCAACCCACUUCCACAGCAGGCUGGGAUCUGACGUGGCUCCAGCUGACGUGGCACCAGCGUCAGCUGUAGCGGACUUUUGGCAGGGUGUUAGGGCAGCAGUGGAGGCGGCAGAGGAUGUGGCUAUAGCGGGGGAUGAGGAGCAGCAGGAGGGCGUGGCUGUGACUGUAGGCGCGUGUGACUUAGCUGCAGUGCGACAGCUGCAGGGGAAUGCGAGGAAGCGAGUCUCCCAAUUUCUCCUUCACCCCCCUCUCCAUCCCCCAGUGGCAGCAGCAGAGGCGAUGGCGCAGCAGGUGGGGGCAUUCGAGUCCACGUGUGGGGCAGCUGGACGGGGAAGCGAGGAGGCACUUGUGAUUCCCAGAACCUCAUUCUCUCCUCUCUUAUCCACAACCCCCCCCCCCUCAUCCUGCAGUGGCAGCAGCAGAGGCGAUGGCGCAGCAGCUGAUGGAGUGAGUAUGAGUGCUGCUGCUGCUGCUGCUUCUGCUGCUGCACUGCUGCUGCUUUCCCCCUCCCACUCCUUUCCCCCCUCCCAUUCCAUUGCCCCCUCCCAUUCCCUUUCCCCCUCCCACUCCCUUUCCUCCUCUCACUCCCUUUCCCCCCUCCCAUUCCCUUGCCCCCUCCCAUUCCCUUUCCCCCUCCCACUCCCUUUCCUCCUCUCACUCCCUUUCCCCCUCCCAUUCCCUUUCCCCUUCCCACUCCCUUUCGGCCUCUCACUCCCUUUCCCCCUCCCACUUCCUUUCCCCUCUCUCACUCCCUUUCCCCUUCCCAUUCCCUUUCCCCCUCCCACUCCCUUUCCGCCUCUCACUCCCUUUCCCCCUCCCACUUCCUUUCCCCCCUCUCACUCCCAUUCCCCCUCCCACUUCCUUUCCCCCCUCUCACUCCCAUUCCCCCUCCCAUUCCCUUUCCCCCUCCUAAUUCCUUUCCGCCUCCCACACCCUUUCCCCCUCCCACUCCCUUUCCCCCCUCCCACUUCCUUUCCGCCCCCCACUCCCUUUUCCCCUCAAACUCCCUUUCCCCCUCCCACUCCCUUUCCCCCCUCUCACUCCCUUUUCCCCUCCCACUCCCUUUCCCCCUCUCACUCACUUGCCCCCUCCCUCCUGCAGGCCCCUACAGCCGCUACAGCCACUACAGCCGCUACAGGCGGGGAGGAGGAGCAAUGGGAAGAUCCCUUGGUGUUGGCCGUGGGAGGGGUGGUGGGAGCAGCGGCUGCGGCACUUAAGAGCUGGCUAAGUGUCGUUGUGGAGGGGAGGAAGGGGAGGAAGGGAGGAGUGGGAGGAGGUGGAGGUGCGGGGAAGGUGGCAACUGGUGCAGGUGCAUCUGGUGGGCAUGUACUGUUGCAGCCGCCCAAGGCUGCUCUAGCUGAUUUAAGGGAGGCUCGUGAUGUGCUGGACGUGUGGCGGCAUGAGCUGGCACGGCUGCACUCGCGCCUAGUCAGCGUCGUCUGCCGCUCCCAGCUGAUGUCAGCAUGCGGCCGCAUGACCUGGCAGCCAGCAUCGCCAGCUCAGCUCCCGGGCCAGGACCACACGAUGGCCCCUGCUGACGUGGCAAUGGCGUCUGCUUGCGCUUUCCUGGACCAAGCGAUAGACAUUCGGCAGCAGCAUGAGGGGUGGGAGGAGGCGAUGACAGCAGCUGCUCUGGUGUGCGACCUGGAAGCUUCCUCAGGCAUCAGCAACACCGGUGGUGCUGACGUGGACAGGUGGAGGCGCUUCCUGGAGCCACUCACAGACAGCCACGUGGCAGACAUUCUCGAAGGCGACCUUGCCAGCUGGCGGGCGGUGCAGGGCAUCUACUGGGCGGCAGUGGCCCGGGAGGAGGAGGCACUGGCGGGGCUGCUGCAGGCGCGACUGGGGGAGGUGCCAUCCGCCAUGGGGCGGCUGCAGCUGCUGGCGCAGUGCUCGUCCUUUACUGCGCUGCCGCGGGUGUCAGCACGCCUGCAGCACGACUUGCAGCAAAUGCUGCACGAGGUGGCAGCAGACGUGCGAGCACUGGAGGAGCAGCUAUGGCACCCAACCGCAGCCUGCCACGUGUCCUCUCUUGCCCAGCUCAGGGGCGUGCCACGUGUUGCCGCCUCAGUGGCCCGCGCCAAAGCCAUUCACGGGAAGCUGAGGGCGCUAGACGCGGCCCUGCACGCUCUGCUGGGUGACAGCUGGCGCAGCGGGAUUGGUCGGGCGGGGAGGGGAGGGAGCAGGAGGGGAAGAGGCGCGGGGGGAGCGGUGGGGAUGGGUGGAGAUGGGGAGGGAGGGGUUGAGUGUGGUGGGGCGGGGUGGGGAGCGGUGACGGACGGUGGGCUGCGGAGGUCGAUUGCUCGGCUGCUGGAGGAGGCGUUGCAGCAAACGGACCCUCAGAAAGUGCGUGUUUACCGUCAAUCAGUGGCUGCAAGAAAAGCUCGCUCCCUGCUCGUCCCCCUGCUCGUCUCCCUGCUCGUCCCCCUUACAAGUGACUCUCUCUCUCCCCCUUCGUCCAUCCCUCCACUCUCCCUUCAGACCGUCAACCAGUGGCUGCAAGAAAAGCUCGCUCCCCACACUGGCAGCACCAGCAGCAGCAGCAUGAGCGCGGAGGAAGCAGAGGAGGCUCUCAGAGGCCCUGUGCUCACCUCCUGCUCGUCCCGCCCGCCCCUGGCUGACGUCAGCAACAGCAGCGCGGCUACAGCCGGGGAGGAGGAGCAGGCGGAGCCGCUGCUACAGCUGCAGGUGAGGGGGAGAGACAAUGAGGGGUGGAAGGUUAGGGGAGGAAGGUUAGGGGUGGGACACUGGCAGGUGAGGGGUGGAAGGUUAGGGGUGGGACACUGGCAGGUGAGGGAUGGAAGGUUAGGGGUGGGACACUGGCAGGACGGGGAGAUGAGGCACAGACGACUUGUGUAUGGGGAGGAGGAGCAGGCGGAGCCGCUGCUACAGCUGCAGGUGAGGGGUGGAAGGUUAGGGGUGGGACACUGGCAGGUGCAGUACAAGACAAGCCUGCUGCAUCUGAGCGAGGAGGUCCGCACCCUUCGGGCAUUAGGCUUCCACAUCCCGCACCACCUGCUCGCCUGCGCCCUCUCCGCCUCUGCUGCCGCCUCCUCCGCAUCCACCAUCUCACGAGCGCUCGAGAGCUUUGCUGAUGUCAGCGCUGGCGUCAGCAAGGGCGUGCUGCCGCUGGUGGUGGCUUCGCGAGAAGCGGUGCUGGGGUUAAUGCAGAGCGGUCAGGGAGUGGUGUGGGAGGAGGAGGGAGCAGGACGAGUUGGCGGUGUGCCUGUGGGUUGCCGUGGGGUGGGGGGAAGCUUGGCGUAUGAGUCUCCCCUUCCACUCCAAUGUCUAUUGCGGGAUAAGAGACGACUUUUGACGUGCCUCAAAUGCCGUGGGGGGAACUUGGCGCAUGAGUCUCCCCUUCCACUCCAUCGUCUCCUGACUUCCCCUCAUGUUACCCUUGGUUCCCCUACUGCCCGCACUGCAGGCCAGGGCGUUGUGUGGGAGGAGGAGGACGAGUUGCAGUGUGCCUGUGGAAGUGUGGUGUGGGAGGAGGAGGACGAGGUGGAUGAGUUCGCCGUGUGCCUGUGGGAUGCAGUGGAGGCGUUUUCAUCUGCAGCUGCUGCGGCCAAGGAGAGGCAUGAGGCGGCAUGGCAGUGCCUUGAGCAGAUUCGUUCGUGUGCCUAUAAGGACCUGCCAACUCAUCUCCGCCAGCUGGCGCACGCGGUAAUUGCAGCGAUCUCCCGGCCGCCUUACCCGGCUGCCAUGUCAGCUGCCACGUCAGCAGUGUGGCAGCAUGAGGUGGUGGUGAGAGAGAUUGAGGCUGUGCUUUCACUGCACGGGCCCUCUGGUGUAGUGAAGGAACGAGCUGGUGGAGGAGCCGACGCAGCAGGGGCGGCAGGAGCGGCAGGGGCGGCAGGAGUAGUGGGAGGAGAUUUGAAUGGCGGGGAUGGGAGCGAGACUGAGUCGUUUGUGCUGCAGCUUCUGCAGGAGCAGAUGGGGAUGCUGACGCACCGAGUGGCUGUGAGGGGGUCAAACGCAGGGGCGGUUAGAGUGGAAGGAGGAGGAGCGAGUGGCAGGAUGGAGGUGGAGGUACAGCCUCCUCUCUGCGAGUCUCAGCAGCGGCUCCAGGACUGUGUUCAGCUGUUGCUCGCUCCCGCUCUCUCUGCUGCUGCAGAGGCCAAUAGCGUCCUCUCCUCCGCCUCUGCGGCUUUCUUGCUCCCUCCCACUCCCUCGAAUGGUCCCUCUGCUGCUGCUGAAGCCAGCAGCAUGCACUCAUCCGCCUCUGCUGCCCUGCAUCCCAUGGCUGCUGGUAACUUCAGUGACGUCAGCAGCAGCGACAGCAUGGGUAGCUAUCACAGCACUGCAAGGGGCGGGGCUAGUGUGGGCAGUCUGUUAGUAGUGAGCUGUGUGGUUCCGGCUCGGCUGGAGGCGUGUGCGUAUGGGGUGGUGGAUGCAGUGGUUGGGGCGGCUGAGGGGUGGGUGGGCGAGUGGAGGGUGAGAGUGGCACAGGCGGAAGGGAAGAUGGAGAGAUGCGCCCGUGCUGCUGCUGCUGCUGCUGUAGCUGCUGCUGCUGCUGCUGCUGCCCCAGCUGCUGUUAGCGAAAGUUCCAACACCUCCCUUCCCCCGCCUUCGACUGAACUCUGGCGUUCCCUUAUGAACGAAAUUCAGCAGGUUCGUAACCAGCUGGCUGCCAAACCUGCAGUGGUUAGGUUCGGCACAGCUGACCGAACCUCGCUCUUAGCCUUGGACGCAGGCUCGGUGAGGGAGGCACUGGUGGGUCGGUGUGAGGCUUGGAUUCGGGCGGCUGAGGAGGAUAUAGAAGGCAGGGCGGUUCGGGGUUGUAGAGAGGCGAUUAAAGAGGUAUCUGAGCUGAAGAAACUACUGGAGUUGAUUAAGAGGGAGGCAGAGGGGGAACUUAUGAGUAGAGAUAGGGAACAGAGGCUCGGGCGAGUGAGAGAGGGAGAGGAGGGUGAGGAGGGGGAGCAGGGAGAGGAGGAACAGGAGGGAGAGAAGGGAGCGGAGAACAAGGCAGCUAUGGGUAAUGGUGGUGCGGAUAAGGGUGAAGGAUUGAGUGGGGAUGUGCGGAGGCUGGUAGAGCAUCUAGAGAGAGUGAGGGAGGCGGAGAGGAGGGUAGGAGAGGUGAGUGAUGGAGUGGAGAAACUCAGGCCGUUAGUAGAGGCGGCUGUUUCUAAGGGAGGGGGAAGUGGCAAGGGGAAAAGGAGCACUAGCAGCAGCAGCAGCGGUGGUAGGAGCAGUAGUGCCGGGGUUGGGAUGGCGCUGGUACAGGCAAGCUGGAAAGAGCUGGAGAAGGAGUGGGGAGAAUUGGAAUGGGCAAGAAAGGCUGUAUUGGGAGGGAGAAAGGCAGGAGCAGAAGCAGCACGAAAGGGAGUAGAAGCUGCAGCAGGAGAAUCCCCCAGCGGGAUAGUUUUCCUCCAGGGGCUUGUGAGCAUGCAGGUGUUGAGUGCGGUGCAGGUGCAUGUGGGGGAGGUGGGGAGGCGUAUGGAGGAGCUUGAGACGUGGUGGGACGCUGCUGCUCCUACCAGUGCGGAUUGCUCUCGAGGCAGGGCUGCUGGGGCGCUGGUGCAGUGCGCACGCUUAGUGGGGCAGCUUAAAACGAGGAUAGAGCUCAUGAGGAGGGCGAUUGGGCUGGUGGGAGGGGCGGGCGGGGAGGAGGAGGAGGAGGAGGAGGAGGUGGGGAGAGUGGAGGGGAGGUUAGAGAGGGUGGUUGCAGAGGGGGAGGAGAUGCAGCGUAUGUGGCUGUUGAUUAAUCAUCUUUUGGAUGUUAUUGCCUCUGUGGAGGGGAUUAGGGUUGCGGAUUUCAACCCUGAAUCGGACUUAACCCCUCUGCACUCCGCCUUGAGCGACGUGAACCAGGAGGAAGAGGUAUUCGGGCAGCACGGUGCGUUCCGGGCAGUUCAAUCGGCUGCCCGGAAACUAAUUGCGAGCCUAGGUCUGGUGUCGAAGCUAGUUAAAGCCUCGCUGCAAGAGGCCCAUUGGAGAGCCCUCGCCCGAGCAUUGGGGUUCCAAGCCAAGGGCGGGCUCGGCGCCGGAGGUACCCUGCAGGUUCGGGAUCUGGUUCGGGCGCUGGGAGGCUUGGAGGGUCGGGCGGCAGCGGAGCAGGUUUUAUCUGCCGUCCAGGGGGAGGUGGCAUUGAGACAGUUUAUGGAUAAGGUUGAAAAGGAGUGGGGCGAGCAGGAGUGGGCUUUUAAGGGGUUUAGAGACAAGUGGAAAAUCGUGGGGAAUUUGGGGGUGGUUGGGGAAAUGGUGCUAGAGCAUUUGAGUAUGCUUGGAGCGAUGAAGCAGUCUCCCUUCUUCCCUCCGUUUAGAGAGGCUGUGAGGGAGUGGGAGGGGCGACUGGGGCAGCUGAGUGAGCUGGUGGAUGCGCUAGCAGACGCGCAGUCCAAGUGGGUCCGUUUGGAAGCACUCAUGACGUCACCUGCCGUCCGGUCGAUGCUACCCGACACGCACCGCGCCUUCCACGAAGCUUCCCUCCCGUUCACGGAGUUCCUGGGAUCGCUCGCCGCCCGCCCUCUCGCGAUCGACCUGGAGGGACUUGCGGACGAGGACGACGGAGCCGGGCGGCAGGUUUUGGCGGUUUGUGCGGAGGUGUUUGGGCGGGUGCUUUUGGAGGUUCAGGCACAUCUGGACAAGCAGAGGCGGAUGCUGCCAAGGCUGUACUUCCUGGGGGAUGACGAUCUGUUACAGCUCAUCUCUGCUUCGCCCUCUGAUUUAUCUGCGGUAUGGCUACCAAAGCUGUACUUCCUGGGGGAUGACGAUCUGCUGCAGCUCAUCUCCGCCUCGCCCUCAGACCUUGUGCGGAUGCUGCCAAGGCUGUACUUCCUUGGAGACAACCAUCUGCUGCAGCUCAUGUCUGCCGACCUCUCUGCGCUUAAAGACAAGCAGAGGAGGAUGCUGCCGAGGCUGUACUUUCUGCGGGAUGAUGACCUGCUCCAGCUCAUAUCCGCAUCAUUUUUGGGGCGCCUCAAAAGUCUGGGGGAUGAUGUGCACGUGCACAUUCGCAAGCUCUCCACUGCAGUACACGUGCACAUUCGCAAGCUCUUCACAGCAGUCUCAGGCAUUGAAGUAUCGGCAGUCUCUGAUACCAUUUUGCCAGAAAAGAGUACAGCAGAGGAUGUAGUGAAGUUUGCACCUUCAGGGGACGCAGGGAAGAGAGUAUUUAUCACCGCAGCUCUUUCCGACGGGGAGCGGCUCGUGCUGCACCAACCAGUGGAGCUUGCGGAAGGUGCUGCCACGUCAGCGAGUGCCACGUCAGCGGAUGCCACGUCAGCGGGUGCCACGUCAGCGGAAGGACAGAAGCCAGCAGGAGCCACCAAGUGGCUGCUGGAUCUCGACAUGGCGCUGCGGACGACUCUGAGCGACCUGGUUGUGUCAGCGGUCGCUGAGCUGGCGGCGUGUGAUUGGCUGUCGACUGCUGCGGCUGGGAAGAGGGAGAAGAGCAAAUGCAGCGGGAAGGAGGGAAGCGAGGAACGGGAGGUAGAUGAGCAAGGGGUGCAAGUGAGGGGUGGAAAGGAAGCAGGGCUGGAGGCUCUGGUGGUGGGGCUGGAGGGGCUUCUGCAGUGGCUGGCACGUGCCGUGAGGGAGCGGAGAGAGCUGGCUAGGAAAGCAGCGGGGGCAGGAGGAGGAGGAGCAGGCAGAGCAGCAGGGGGAGCAGGGGGAGUAGGAGAGGGGGCAGGUGGCGAGGAGGGGAGGUUGAUGGAGGCCAAGUGUGAGGCGGUGAUUACUGUGUUGGUUCACCUGCUGGAGAGCAGUAAGGCGCUGCUGCUGGAGCAGCAGGAGGAGCAGGCACGGGCAGAGAAGGAGGAGGAGGAGGAUAAGGAGAAUAUGGAGUGUGCAGGGCUUCAGCAGAAGCAGAAGCAGAAGCGGAAGGAGAGGAAGCAACACGGGCUCUCCCUCUCCUCCUUUGCCUGGCGAAAAUGCCUCCGAUACUACCUCGACCCUUCCCUCCCUCCCCUCCACCGCCUCUCUGUUCAAAUCGCAGACGCCUCUUUCACCUACGGGUUUGAAUACUCUGGCUGUACUCCCUCCCUCGUCCGCACCUCCCUCACUGACCGCUGCUUCCUCGCACUUUCCCAGGCGCUCUGGCACGGCCAGGGCAGCGCUCUGAUUGGUCCAGCUGGCACGGGGAAGACGGAGACGGUCAAGGCGCUCGGGCGGCAGCUCGGGCGGCCGGUUUUGGCGUUAUCUUGCGAUAGGAGCUUUGACAGUGCGGCGGUGGGGCGGGUUUUGGAGGGAGUGGCGAGGCUGGGCGCGUGGGGGUGCAUGGACGAGUUCAACCGGUUGGACGAGAGUACAAUGUCUGCGAUCUCGCAGCACCUGGUGGCGAUUCAGGGCGCGCUGAGGGAGGGACGGAGAGAGGCCGUGCUGGCUGGGACUGCCGUGCCCGUGCACCCUGCCACUGGUGAGUGGGCGUGGGUGGGUGUGUGUGUGUGCACCCUACUACUGGUGAGUGGGCGUCGGGGGAUGGGGGAAACAGGGUGGGGGUGCAUGGACGAGUUCAACAGGUUGGACGAGAGUACAAUGUCUGCGAUUUCGCAACAUUUGGUGGCGAUUCAGGGCGCGCUGAGGGAAGGAAGGAGGGAAGCCGUGCUGGCUGGGACUACUGUGCCCGUGCACCCUGCCACUGGCAGGAGGGAGGCGGUGCUGGCUGGGACUGCUGUGCUCGUGCACCCUGCCACUGGUGAGUGCGCGGAUAUUCUUCUGCUGUUGUGUGUGGACUGCUGUGUGUGCUCUGCAGGGACCAUGCCCUUUCCGUCACUAACCCAUACGCACCAUUCUCCACCCCCUCCCUUCAUCUCCCUCCCAGGCAUAUUCGUGACGCUCAACCCGCGCUAUGCAGGCAGGGACCACCUGCCUGAGAGCCUGUCUGCUCUGCUGCGACUUGCAGGCAUAUUCGUGACGCUCAACCCGCGCUAUGCAGGCAGGGACCAUCUGCAUAUUCGUAUAUUCGUGACGCUCAACCCGCGCUAUGCAGGCAGGGACCAUCUGCCUGAGAGCCUGUCCGCCCUCCUGCGUCCUCUGACAGUCGCCGUCCCUGAUGCAUGCGCCAUCGCCCAUGUGACUCUGCUGUCGUGUGGGUUCUCGCAUGCGGAGAGGCUGGCUGACGCUGCCACCCGCAUAUUCCAGGAGUCCGAGCAGUGCUUGGCCCCCCAGCCUCAGUACGACUUCAGUCAGAGAGCGCUCAAAGCAGCUCUGAGAUCUUCUCUCACUCUCUCAUUUCGCUCCUUCCUCGUCAUCCCUCUUGUCUACCUUGCCCCGCAGGAGUCUGAGGAAUGCUUGGACCCCCAGCCUCAGCAGAGGAUGGGGAGCAAGGGGGGGAUGAAGAGGGGAAGGAGGAGGGGAGGCAGGAAGAGGGGGGAGGAGGAGGAGGAGGAGGAGGAGGAGGAGAAGGAGGAGGAGGAGGAGGAAGGGGAGGAGCCGGAGGUGAGAGAGGAGGUGUUGCAGGUGGAAGAAACAGAGGAGGGAGAAGGGGACGGAGAGGAGGACAUAGUAGAGGAGGUAAAGGAGGAGGUAGGGGCGGAAGAGGAGGAAGAGGAGGAGGAGGAAGAGGACGAAGAGGCCCACCGUGUGUCGAGAUGGCCGUUGGAGUCCCGAUCCCUAGUCCAGGGCAUUUUCGGCCAGCUGGCAGCCAAGCUGGCACCUGCUGACGUGGCAACCUUCCGGGAGGUGGUUUCCCGGAACCUUCCGGACGUGGCUGUGGAGGAGAUGGGCGACGCUGAGCUGACAGCGGCGGUGGAGGUGGUGUGUGAGAGGGAGGGGUACGUGGCGAGCUGUGAUUGGACGAGGAAGGUGCUGCAGAUGGCGAGGUUGAUGGGGGCUGCAUCAGGGGAUCAUGCUGGUGGGGCCGCCUGCUGGGAAGACCACGGCCUGGAGAGUCUGUCCAAGGCACCACCCUCUCCCAAGCAGGCGCUCUUUGGGGGCGUUGAGGCAACCACCCUCUCCUUCUUCUCCCCCAUUCUCUCCUCCCCGCCUCCAGUGCUGCACAAGGCCCUGGAGGCAACGAAAGGGUCGCAGGUGUCGGUGACAGUGGUGGAUCCUAAGAGUCUGUCGCUCCCAUUCCCGCCUCCCCUUCUUGCAGUGCUGCGCAAGGCCUUGGAGGCAUCGCAAGGCGUGCAAGUAUCCGUGACAGUGGUGGAUCCCAAGAGUCUGUCCAAGGAGGCGCUGUUUGGGAGCGUGGAAGCCACCACGCGGGAGUGGAGUGGCAGGACGGCGUGUUCACCCAAGCCUCUACUCUCUACCCCCUCCCUACCCUCUUCUCUUCCUCCCCUUCCUACCCUUUCACCCCUGUCUGCAGUGCUGCGUGAGGCCUUACAGACAUCGCAAGGCGUGCAGGUGUCCGUGACAGUGGUGGAUCCCAAGAGUCUGUCCAAGGAGGCGCUGUUUGGGAGCGUGGAAGCCACCACGCGGGAGUGGCAGGACGGCGUGUUCACCCGGGCUUUAAGGGCCGUCGUGCGAGAGUAUGAGGAGGAGAGGGAGCGGGAGACAGGGAGAGAUGGGGUGGCGGAGGGGGUGGAAGAAGAGGAAACGGAGGGCGAUAGGGAGAGGAGGGAAGGGAUGGAAGGGGAAGGGGAUGAGGGCGAUGGAGGAGGGGAGAUGCGGCAAAGAACAGGAGGGAAUGCGGGGAGGGGCGUGGAGUGGCGGCGGCGGCACUGGUUUGUGUUUGAUGGGGAGGUGGACCCCAUUUGGAUAGAGACUCUCAACUCACUGCUGGAUGAUAACAAGGAGAGCCCUCACAUGCACUGCAUAUUCGAGUGCCCCUCCAUCUCACCCACAACACUCUGCAUUCUGCCCCCCUCUCCCACGCUCCCCACCCCGUCUGCCCUCCCCUGCCACCCAUCAGGUCAUGACUCUACCCACAGGAGAACGCCUGCCCCUCCUCCCCCACAUGCACUGCAUCUUCGAAUGCCCCUCUCUCGCUCACGCCACUCCCGCCACCAUCUCUCGUCUCGGAGUGGUCUGCUUCCCCCACUCCCUCCUCUCCCUCCCCAUGCUCCUCCACCGCUUCCGCUUCCUCCUCCCCCCCAUUGCCCUUCCCCCCACCCUCCUCCUCCCCGUCCUCUUCAUCUCUUUCCCCUCUCCCUCCCUCUCUCUCCACCACAACAACACCUGCACCAGCUACCCCCGCUACCACCACCACCACUACUCUCUCUUCGUCCCACUCCUCCCACUCCUCCCACUCCUACCUCUCCUCCCACUCCUCCCACUCCUCCCUCACCUCCUCACUCUUCUCCGCGCCUCUCUUCCCUCCCCUCGCGCCUCUCCCUCGGGAUUGACGCGCCAGACGAGCAUCUGGAGCUGCUGCCGCCUGGCCUGCCACAGCCGCUGCUACAGCCGAAUGAUGCGCUUGAAACGGCUGGUGUGCGGAGCGGUGGGGGAGGGGUGAAGGGAGGUGCGAAUCGGUCUAUUGCGGUGGUGGGGAGAUUUACCAGGAAAGCAAUGGUAGAGGCAAUCAUGGCAGGGGUUGCAGGGGGAAUGGAUGCUACCUCUCGCUCUGCCUUUGCAGACCGAUUAGCUUGUGUUUUGGCGUCUGAAGGUGGGGGAAAAGAUGAGGUGGCAUGCCGUGCCACGUCAGAGCAGCUGCUGAGCUGUUUCGCUGACGUGGCGAGCGGCCAUUGGAAGCCGUGGGAGGCGGCUCUGCCUGGAUUGGCUGAUGCUGAUGCUGCUGUUGGGGGGUGCUUCGGGGAUGAGGAGGAGGUGGAAGAGGGAGAGGAGGGAACUGUCGCGCAGGCAUUGGCUACUGCUGGCGCUGACGAGGCACAGGCUGCUGCUGCCGCCGCUGCUGCUGCAGCUGGCGCUGCUGGUGGUGCUGGUGCUGGCAGUGCUGGUAGUGCUGGUGUUGGUGGUGCUGGUGGUGGGGUUGGAAUGGGGACGCAGCAGCGAAAGGAGAAGCUUUCGCAGAAGCAGCAAGAAGGGAGCAAGCAAUCGGCAGAGGCCGAGGUGGCGGCAGUGGCAGGGCCAAAGCUCCACGUGGCAGCUUUCAAUUUGUCACUGUCGACGUCUCCCGAGUCGUUUAUCGCUGAGCUGGAGCAGCACUGCCGCUACGUCAAGCUCCCUGCUGGUGGUGCUCGUGGUGCUGGUGUUGGUGUUGGUGGUGCUUCUGGUGCUGCUGCUGCUGCUGCCGGUGUUGGUGUUGGUGCUGCUGGUGGGUCACACGAAACAGCAGCAGCAGCAGCAGCAGCAGCAGCAGCAGCAGGAGUGGUUUCGACAUCAGCAUCAGCAGUGGCAGCAGCAGCCGCCACUUCCAGUGUUAACUGGGCGCUGGAGCCUAAGGACCCAGUACCAGCGGACGGCCGUCUGCUGCUAUUGUUAGAUGAGGUGAAUCUCCCGCCCCUGACGCUUUUGGCACCAUCCGCAUGGCCGGCCUGCUCGGCAGCUAGCGGAGCCGCAGCUGAUUCCGCAGGCGGCGGGCGGGGUGGGCGGCGGGUAGUGGGGAAAGCAGCAGGAAUGGCGAUACGCACGGCAGAAGCAGCAAUAACGUUGGCAGUGGUGGUGGUGGUGGUGGUGCUGGCAGUGGUAGUAGCAGCAGCAGUGGAGGGAGCGGUGGGUAUGCGUAUGGGUUCUGGCACCCCAAGAGGCGCCGUUUGGGUGCAACUGAGGCGGGUGUCAUUUGCAGCCACUUGCAAUCCGGCUUCAGACGUGGGCAGGCAUGAACUGCCUGUACGCCUGACCAGGCAUCUCACUGUUGCUCAUGUUCCGUUUCCGUCCGGCGCGGCUCUUACGAGAAUAUACAGCACGUUUAUAAGGGGGAUAUUGGCCCGGAACUGGCCUGGGGUGGCAGUGGAGGCGCGGGGGAAUCCUCAGGUGGUUUCUCAGGUGGAUUCUCAGGUGGUUUCUCAGGUGGGCGCGUGCCUGGCAGCGGCGAUGGUGGAGGUGUAUGAGGAGUGUGGGGUGAGGUUCACUCGGGCAGUGCAGCAGCACUACGUGUGCAGUCCUAGGGAGCUUACCAGAUGGACUAGAGGCAUCCGAUUCGCCCUGGUGCAUGGGCAGAAAGGGGUUCAGAGGGGUGGAAAGGGAGACGGGGACGAGAGGGGGGAGAAGGGGGCGGUUGAGAGGGGCGUUGGCGGUGCGGCUAUCAUCGGUGGUGAUGGGGAGGGCAACUGGGCGGCAAGGCUUGUCCUGUCAUGGCUGCAUGAGGGAAUGCGCAUCUGCCGGUUGGUGUUUUCGUCGCUUCUGACGGGGCGGUACAAGCCGGUGCGCGGUGAACCACCUGAAAAAGCACCUGAAGUGGUCCUGACAGGGGAGGCCCCGGAUGCCGCAGGAGGGGCAGGUGCCGGCCAGGUGAAACCAGGUGUUUCUUCAGGUGCUGGGGCAGCAGAAAAGGCCGGGGACAGGAGAGGAGGAGCAGGAAAGCGGGCGUCAAGCAGCAGGGCAGGAGAGAUGGAGGAGGAAACUGGGAGGAGAGUAUUGGAAGAAUCGGAAGAACUGGCGGCAUCGUUGCUGCAGCAGCCCAUGGGGCAACUGCUGCUGCUUGGCCCUCCUGCCACUGGAAAGUCUACUGUUGCCAGAUCCGCAAUCGCUGCGACGGGAUUGGUGGAGGUGCGGGUGGCGCUGCACGCGGGGAUUCGAGGAGCGCGAGCUGGACGGCCCGCUGGAGGAGGCGCUGCGGGCGGCGGGGUGCGACGGGCGGCGCGUUUGUCUUGUUCUGGAGGAGGCGCAUCUGGUGGAGAGCGCUGUCUUGGAAAGGCUCAACUCGCUUCUCACGGGGGGGGACGUUCUGGGCUGUUUGGAGCGGAAAAGCAGCAGGUGAGAGGGGGGGGUCGGGAGCUGCUUGAAGAGCUCCAUCCUCCGGCAGCGAGGGGAGGGAGAGGGAAGCGAGGAGGCAGCAUGGCAGGGUUCAGGAGGAGGAUCCAAGGGGACCUGCACGUGGUGCUGACGAUGACCAGCCAGGGCAGCGCGCACAUGCGCCAGAGCAUGCUGGCGUCCCCGGCUCUCUUCAACCGCUGCACUGUGCUCUGGCUGCCGCCCUGGGGGGACACGGGGCUUGCUCCGCUUGCUCAGAGUCGCCUCGCCGGUGUUUCGCUGGUUCACCCUGUCUCGGCCGCAGCUGCUGCAGCAGCAGGAGGAGCAGGAGGAGGAGUAGGAGGAGGAGCAGGAGGGGCAGGAGGAAGAGGAGACUCCAAGCAGAUUGAUAUGCCGGCUGAUUCUGCGGGUGGUGCUGCUGGUGGGGCUGGGGAAGCGAAGGAGAGGCAGCUGCUGGCGGAGGUUCUGGUGGCAAUUCAUGGCUGCGCUGUUAGUGCUGUUAGCGAGUCGCUCAAUAACAGAGCUUUUGGGAAGGCUGGGCUGGGAGGGGGAGCAGCAGCAGGAGGGGAGCUUGCAGCAUUCCUUCUCCCAGACUCUCUCAUCUCCCUCCGCUCCUUCUCAGACCUCCUCACCCACUUCCACUCCUCCGUCUCCCACUCGCACCGCCCGCGCACACCGCACCUUCCAGCACCUCUCCCUGGGCCUCACAAAAGUAAGGCCCGGAGAGCCAGAGGAAGGAACUCGGGGCUGAUUGCGAGGUUGGACGAGCAGGCAAAGAGUGUGGAGAGGCACCGGAGGGAGGCGCAGGAGAAUCUGGAGCGGGUCGAGCCGGCAGUUGAUGCGGCGAAAACGGCGGUGAAGUCGAUAGGAAAUCCCAGCUGGACGAUUUGA